AUGUCUGUCCCUGCGGGUUUGAAGGCCACGGAGAGCAGCCACUGGUUGCAGGACUCCGACCUCAGCCAAUGGCAUGAUAAUCGGGUUCAGCAGGAGCCAGUAGUGGGGAAGGGCACAGGACGACACUCCCUCUGGGCGCUUGCCUCCUACAUCCCAGGCUCUGCCCACUUCCCAGAGUUCACUGUUGUUCUGAUGUUGGAUGACAUCCAGGUGGGAUACUAUGACUCAAAGGUCGACCGGGUGAUGAGGGCGAGCACGACAUCUGACCACGAAGCGGAACUCAACCUGGGCCAGGAGCCCGUGACUGUGCUACGAGACAUUUACUCCAGCAUGAAGAAGAGGCUGAAUCUGGUGAAGCAUCGCUUUAACCUGACCAUCGAUGGCGUUCAUGUCCAGCAGAGGGUAACGGGCUGCGAGGUACUGGAGGACGGCCAGCCGGCACUCAUCAUGUUCAGAGACGGCUCCAACGGGCAGGACGCCGACAGCCUCCUCUACAACAUGACCCACUUCACGUAUGCUGUCAGGGAAGGCUGGGAGAUCCAGUGGGACGCCCUAAAGAAAACAUCCUUCCAGAUGCUGUAUUCAAACAUAUAUCUACCGUUCUGUGUGCGGACGCUCCAACACUUCCUGGAGCGCGAGAAGCACCUUGUGAUGCGAAGGGUGAAGCCUCGACUCCGCUUUAUCACCAGGCAAGUGGUGGGCGGGGCUCAGGUCACCUGCCUGGCCACUGACUUCUACCCUCGCCACAUUAACCUGAGCCUGCUGCGGGACGGCCAGCCCGUGGACGAAGGCGAGCUGCGCAUCGGCUCGGUGCUGCCCAAUGGGAACGGCCUCUACCAAGUGAGGAAGACAUUGAUGGUCGACGAAAAGGAGCUGCAGAGGAAACACAACUACACCUGUGAGGCGUCUCACCUGAGCCUGGACAACCGGCUGAGGGUAAACUGGAGGGCGGAGUCAUCGUACUCUCACAGAGUUCAUUCCAUCUCGCCUCUGGUCUUCCUGCUGCUCGCUGCCGUCCUGCUGCUGCUGGUGCUGAGGAGG